GUGAAAGGUGGAGCGUUUUAAUCUUGGGUCAGCAUAAGAAAGCGGCGUGGAUACUGUCGUGGUAACAAGAGCUUGAGCAUUAGAAAAUUGGGUGCUAGAAAAAAGCAUAAGUGGAGGCGUUUCCUUAGUGUGGUGCGUUAAGUCAGAUCGAAGAGUAUAGUUUUCAAGUUGGAAAGUGUUUGAGUUGUCUUAGUCGAGUACAAACGGCAAGAUGGCAGCAGUAGCUCCCGCUUUGGCGAAUCCGGCUGAUGCCUUUAACUUCCUCGUGCAGCAGGCGAAUCUGGAUAGGCCAGACCCUGUUCGAGUGGCAUUUGUCAAGAACAUUGUGGUAAUAUUUGUUUGUGGUUUAAUUCUUGCCUGAUGUCAUAAGUGGAGAUCGUUACGUUCGCGACUUUUGUUUCUCUUCGGAUACUUCUUGUUUGGGGAUGGAUUUUAUUGAGUUACCUCCUUAAGUGAAGAAAGUAUGUUUAUGAAAUGAAUUGUGUCACAGCAAACGGAAUUCGGCACGGUUAUUGCAUCGACAAGCGAGACGGAUUUGCAAGUGAUCGAGAGGCAUCGAAUCAAUGCGAACCUCCAUGAGAGAUCGUUUCCUAGGACGGUGGAAAUCGUGAACAUAGUCAUCAGAGAUGCGACCGUUAUGUUGCUAUUGGACGGGUAUGUGGCCGCUGUCCCUGCCGUUGAUCAAAUAGUUGAUGCGGCUGGCGUCGUGAUUCAGCCAGCGGCGGCAGCGAUCCCUGCUCAGAUGCCUCGCGAUGUGAUUUCAAACGCGCAAAGGCUGGGAUUUGAUGUGUUACAGGUAAUUGCUAUUGUGUGGUCGUGUGUUGAGUUGUUACUUAUGUGUUAUAACAGGAAGACUGAAGCGUAAGACUAAUUGAUCUUUAAGUGUUCUAUGAAUGUUGAGUUGAGGUUUAAAGUAAUAAUGUGUGACUGUCAGGUAUUUUUCGUAAAUCUGUCGAGACACCACGACAGCGUGUUGUUACGGGAGUCUAUCGAAGAGGUGUAUAAAACGAAGAUUGCCAGGAUGGCAGGCGUCCAAGUCUUGAU